AUGGCCGGCUCACCGCUUUCGGAACAGUCUGCCCUGGUGUCCUUAUCUACUCGUCUCUGUGUGUCACUGGCCAGGGGCUUGAAGAGCUGCCCUGGUUUUACAUUUGGAAAAACUGAGGCCCCAAGAGGCAAAGAGGCCCCCAGGCGCACUCUGGGAAGCAGAGCAUCCCGACCCCCGCGCUCCUCCCACUGGACUCCGGCUCUCUCCCGGAUGAGCACAGGCCUCCUGCACAGCCCCCGAGCCGCGCAGGAUCUGAAGAAAGGAGAGGCGUGCUCGAUCAGCCCAUCCUCUUCCUCGAGCGUCUCCUCCAGGCUCCAGGCUGAGGAAAUCAGACCUCCUGGCCCAGGCCGGGGUCUUCUGAGGACUCAGCCAGAAGAUGCAGAAGACAUUGCUGCUGGGAAACCCGCCGGCCUCUACCCAGCUCCACAGGCUUCUGCCCGGCUCCACCGCCUUCCCUCUCCCUCCCUGAGGCUUGGUGUCUUCCUCUAUAAAAUGGGCACCCGGUCCGCAGAGCCUCACCUCCUCGGGUGCAUCCGGGGGUGCUGUUCGGGCAACGACUCAGCAGAACUAGCAGCCAAAGCGGCUGAAGGCAGAGUCCCUGGCCCCCCGACAACCCGGCCAGAACUCACUCGCCCUUGGUGCCCGGAACGCAGAGGCGCUUCGGAAACAAGAUUUCUCAUCUGGGGCUUUCCACCGGAAGUCUCCUCCUGGAGAAGCACUCUGCCCCAGCCGGAAGAGUGAGAACCCCACACUGUGCACACAGUAACCUGCCC